AUGCCAGAUACUUUGCAAAGCGUUCCCGAAUUCUGCGGUCCGUCAAGCUCUGAAUUCGCCUUCAAAGCCGUUAGCCAUAAUCUCAGGGAGAUGGGCCUGCCUUCUGCUCUCCUCAGCAAGUUGAGCUGUGAUAGUGGUAGCGUUUCCGAGGUCCCAUCGCACUUUGCGAAUUAUGGCCCGUUUAUGAAGCUUGUGGCUAUGGAUCCGUUAUGGGAUAUACCGAAAGCAGACGCUGUUACUCUUGUUGAGAAAUGGUUCACUAAUAUGGGUAGUCUUUACCCGUUUCUCCGUGAGGAGAAGCUCAAAGAUACGGUCGAUAGAGUCUAUGCAGUUAUAGGGCCCAUCAGCACCGGGACGCCAACCCCUAGGAGAGAGCUAGCAACAGAGGUUCUUUUGAAUGACGAGACUAACAAGCUGAAGAUUGUUCUCGCUGUUAGCAAAACAAUGGAGAAUGGUGGUAGAAACGAUUUGGCCCAGAGGCUGUUUCAAAGUACAAAAGAAGCAGUCGAGAGUCUGAUGUGGAACCCAAGUGGCAUCAGCGGCAUACAGCUGUUGGUAUUGACUGCCAUUUAUCAUUAUCAGCUUGACGACGAAGUACGCACUGGGAGGAUGAUUGGGCUUGCAGCAAGACUUUGCUUGGAGAUAGGACUACAUCGACACAAAACUAUAAAGCAGGUGUUUGCGAAUCACGAGGAGCGAAAGACUGCGUUGAAUGUCUUUUGGUCUGUAUACAUGCUCGAAAGACGCAUUUGUCUUGGCCAGGGUAUUCCUUACUCUAUCCAAGAUUCCUACGUGGACCAGUCGCUGUUUCUGCAGGAUAACUCAGAUCCUGUACUUCGCUGUCUGCUCCAGUGGACCAAGCUUGUAGGUAGCGCGUGGAGGAUUAUGAACAUUGACGGAGAGAACGGAACAGAGGUCCACGGGGAUGAUCUCGAGGAUCUGGACGCCCAAGCUAGUCAAUGGUACGACGAUCUACCACAACACUUGAAGCUCGACGCGAGCAUUGGACCAGGUCAACCAUUCUCAGCGUCGCUGUUUAUUCAAGCAGCUCUGUAUCUACGGCAGAGUCUCUUUCGCAACUUGAUAUUCCGGCCUGUACUGCAGUCUGGAUCUCGCAUCAGCCAGCACGAAGCCAAGGCUUAUGUCGCAAUAGACCUGGCCAAAGGCGCGGUGUCGACGCUUUGCAUACUCAGUGCUCACAGAACCUUGAUAUUCUCUCAUGUGCUCUUCUUCAAACAUCUUUUAGUCGCAGCAUUCGGGAAUAUUCUACUCGCAGUUGUUCAUGCCCACGGCAUGUUCUGGAAUACCGUUCAAACGGAGUUUGAUCAAGCGCUUGAUCUUAUUGAGCUUCUUAGCACAAGGUCACCUCCAAUGCUCCGACUAUGGCAGCGCCUGCAGGGCUUGCGAGAGCUUCCAGAGAGGCUAAAUGGGUUGUCAAAAUCGGCGUUACCAAGUGACCUUGAGAAGCGACCGGAUGAAGACUGUGGAAGGGAUGGUUUAUUACCGGGCUCACCAACCUAUUCGACACCCUUUAGCUCGACUUUACCCUUUGAAUCCUUACUGGGGGACUCCACGUUCUUGUCCGAGAUCGGGAUUGGAGUUGAUGGAUUUCCUGACUUUUCGUUUCUUUUGCACGAACCUAUUGAAUAA